AUGUCAAAGAGGGGCCGGGCAUGCGAGGCAUGCUCGAAGAUCAAGAUCAAAUGUGAGCUUGGAGCGAGCACAGGGCUGGAGCCUCCGUGUGAGAGGUGUCUGCGUCUCAAGAAACAAUGCGUACUCUCACAGCCAAAACGACAGAAAGACAGAGUUGCCGAGCUUGAGGCUCAGGUAGAAACUUUGACUCGAUUGCUGCAAGCACAAGGAAUACGGGAUCCUGCUGUGAUAUCCUCAACUCCCGCAUCGGAAGCUCUGAACUUGGCCGCAUCAGACAAGGCAAAGAAAAAGAGGCGUAGAGUUGACGAUGCUUCUUCAUAUUCUGCUUCAAAUGAUUCUCCAACAGGCAGCUCAUCGGAAACAUCACAGGGACAGGAUCUGAAUGUUGCAAUCCUUGACCAAACCGUGGACUAUGCAACGCAAGAACAGCUCCUCAAUCGCUAUCUGAACAAGCAGCUUCCUGUCUUCCCACUGGUACCUAUCAACGGCGAUUGCUCCCUUGAUGUACUGCGAAAUGAGCGUCCGGUACUGAUGUACGCCGUGAUUUAUGCCGCUGGGCCAGGAAUUCUCUCCGAGGAUCAGCAGGAGAGCGUUUCCAAAAUUUUGCUCAAUAAUCUUACCAAUGUCCCCUUCUCACCAGGCCCGCAAACUUUGGACAUCAUUCAGGCAAUACAGAUCACCUGUCUGUACUAUCGCUCUCCCCGACAUUACGUGCAGCUUAGUGUUUUCGGGCUGAUUGAGGUUGGUCUGAAGAUGGUCACCAAGUUGGGCCAUGCAGGGCCACUCUCGCCUCCGCCGACAGUUCCUGUAUCUGUACAGAACACAGAUGUCGGCUCUAUCGGCUCAAUCGACGCUUGGAGAGCGAUACUUGUCUCACACUUGCUCGCCACAGCCAUGUCAAUAUUCAUAAGAAGGAAACCACACACCAGAUGGACCAAGGAACACGACAUGUGUCUCCUGCAACUUCAGUAUAGCGUCGUCUCGAAGCCAACCGAUGCCUGGCUGAGCCAACUGAUUCGCGCAGAACAUGUGUGUGAGCAAAUUGCCGAGCAGAUGGGCUUUUGGGAUUCAACAACCUUCAUGGACCUAGCAGACCCGAGCACACGCCUCAAAACACAAACGUGCCGCAACAUCAUACUGAAUUGGAGGAUGACUAUUCCGAGUCACAUUCGGACACCUCUGCUUCUCUUCUGGGAGCAUCUCGCCACCGCGUACAUGCACGAAGCCGUGCUACACACAGCUACUAACAAGCAUUCCUUCGCUGCUCCAUUCGUCGCUGAGAAUCUCUCAGUCUCAGACUUUCCCGCUCCAGCGAUCGUCACUCAGGACCAAAUCACAGCACUAUUCGAACUCACCACCGCCGCGCAGGCAAUGAUCGAUCUAUUUUCGAGUCUGGAUGUGGAGAUUCUGGCAGUCAUGUCAGGUUACCUGCACUCCUCCAGAGCUGCAUACGCGCUAUUCAUUCUGGCCAAGCUGUCUGUUGCAACUAUGGCUCCCGGAAAUACGUUUGGUGCUGUUCUAGAUGGCAACAUGCUGCUCGUAGGACAUUAYGCCGACAAGUUGAUAGAUAAUGGGACCAGAGUGAGAGCAAUUGACGAGCGUUGUGCGCCGGCACGGAUCCUCCUCGCAGCAGACAGCGUGAAAGAGUGGUAUCUGAACUUUACCAGCAUUGUUUCGUCUUCAGACCAGGCUUUCCACCAGCUGCAGGAGCCAGAGAAUUUGCAGGCGGCCACCGGCUCGAUCAACAUGGCGCAAGGACCAGAGAUGUCUACUUUGGAGGAUGGUCUUGAUCUUGAUGCAGCCCAACUUACCGCCGCCGCUGUGGACUGGGAGAACCAUUUCUACUACUCGUUGAACACGGCCGACUUCGGACUGGACAUGCUGUUUGCCGAAGAGCCACAGCCGUUCGGUGGCGAAGUAUACCAUGAUGCAGCUUAUCAGGCUCGGCCAUGA